GAUAAACAGAUCUGUUCACACCAGCUAGAAGGACUGCCUGCGUCAAUAAAAGGCAGCAGCAGAGGCAGGGAGCUGACAUUUGGUGCUUGGAGGAUUAUCAUUGCAAAAGUCGCUUCACAUUGAAGUAAAAUGCCAGGAUUUUUUUUUUCUCACAACAUGACUGAAUUAAAUGGAAGAGAAGACUGCAAGCUUGCAGAAGGCAAAAUCCAUAAAAAGAAGCAAAAGUCUUUUGGUGCAGAUCUCAAAAACUAUUUGAAGUGCAUGGUACCACAUAUUGAAUCUGGGAUCAAGACUUCCAACACUAGAAAUGUCAUGCUUUCUACAGAGGAAGUUAUUCAGUGGUCACAGUCUUUGGAAAAGCUCUUGGCCAGCCAAAGUGGUCAAGGUGUCUUUCGGGAGUUCCUGAAGUCAGAGUUCAGCGAGGAAAACAUCGAGUUCUGGUUGGCUUGUGAGGAUUACAAGAAAACCAAGCCUGAUCAGUUACCUGGCAAAGCAGAGAGGAUUUAUGAGGAGUUUGUUCAGUCAGAUGCUAUUAAACAGAUCAAUAUUGACUAUCAGAUGAGAGAAGCAACAGCCAAAAAGGCUCAAGACCCAACUCACACAAGUUUUGAUGAAGCCCAGAAAACAGUAUACACCCUUAUGGAAAGGGAUUCAUAUCCCAGAUUUUUAAAAUCCAAAACCUACCUGAACCUUUUGAACCAGCUGCAACCCAACACUUCAAAAUAAAAUGUUUGAGGCAGCGAAGAGCCACGUAAACUCUGUGUCAAGUAUCCUGACAAGAUCCUUCAGGGUGGUUGGAUCUUGGUAAGGAAAAUCCCUGCCUUGGGAGGAAGAGUACGAGGGAGAUGCAAAAAGCUCCACAGCCAAGACAAUGCAGGAAAAAAGCUGGCGAGGCUGUCACAAGGGUGAGAGCAGCACAGGGAGAAAAUCCUCUCCUCCCAUACACCGUAGAGUCAAGACAGGAUAUGGAUACCAUUUGUUGUUUGAACUACACUAUGAACAUUGAAACAAAUCUUAGAUCCCAAAGAACUGCUGAUUAUUAGGAAGUGCAAGACUAUCAAGCCGAGUACUGGGAAAAGAUUAUCAAGUUCAGAAGAAAAACAAGGAUGACUGAUAAUUUUGUGCAUAAUGAGAAAAUGUUCAGACAAGACUGAUAGCUUUCAUAAAAAUCUGUGAAGUGUUAAUGAGUGUGAGUGUGAGCUCCAUGAUGCUAUUGUGCUAUGUAAAUAUAUUAUAAAUUAUAUAUUAUAUAUUAUAUAAGCUGUACUUUCAACAAGUUUGUACUCAACAGGCAGGUAUGUAGCAUCUUUGCUGUUUAAUUUAUUGCAAAAUAAUAAGGAACUCUUCAAUGAAAUCUACUUAAAAAUAAAGUUUUAUUGUCAUUUUGUAUCUUA